AUUUAUAUUAAUUCAUUUCAUACUAUAGGUUUUGUAUUUAAAUAAUAUUCAAGCAUAACACAAUAGCUUCAAGAAUUGAAAACAGAGAGGCCAUAUUGGUUGAUGAAAUAUUCUACCUGUUGACAGUAUGGUUGGGGUAUUGUUCUGUUUUCAUCAGUAAUUUUACGUUUCAUCUGCAAAAUAGUUUUUAUUUGCAUAAGAAAUGAACAUCGAACAUAAAAUGAAACUCUUUUUGCUGUUGUUAUUCUCUUCUCUAUGUGCCUCUCAUUUUUGUCCAUCGAGGCAUUACUGGAGUAAAGCUCAUAGUAAAUGCUUGGAAUGUAAACAGUGCCAUGUAACACUUAUUCCUUGUACAGCUAAGAUGAAUUCAAUUUGUGCCAAUAUCCAUGAAAAAAAUCACCACUUCCAAAAAUAUCGUAUUCAAUUUUUUGAUGAUGGGAAUGAAGAUGAGCUUGACAAACAAGUAGAUUCUACAGGGCACAUACACAAAGAUGAUCUGUAUCUUCCACAUGAAAAAGAACAUCAUAAGAAAAUUAUGAAACACCCCAAACACAAAAAUGAAGAAAAACAUCAUCAUAAAUCAAAGAAACAUUUUGAAUUUAAAGAUGAUGUAAUUAAUGAUGAUAUAAAUUAUGAUUCCUAUUUUGAUUAUGACAAUUACGAAAAGCCAAAAAAACAUAAGAAACAUUUUGAAUUCAAUAAAAAAGAUAGAAGCCAUGAUGAUUUUCUUUUGACGGAAGAAUUUGAAAAUGAAAAACAUCACCUCACAGGCAAAAGUUUUAAAAAAGAUAAUCAUAAAGUAUCCAGUUUCAAAAAAGUCAAUAGCGAUGAAGAAAAACUAGAAGAAUGGUUGCUUCUAUCAAAAAAACAAUUGAAACUUCGGAAGGAUGACUUAUUGAAAACUUUAAAAGAAGAGAGCGGUGAAAAUGAUUAUGAUAAAAAAAGCAUUCGUUUAAAUUCACCUGUGUAUAUAUCAGAAAAACAUGAUCUAGAAGAAAAGCAGUUUAAGAAAACCGAAAAACAUCCUAGUGGGGAUGAUAUAAAAAUGCUGAAAGAAGUGACCAAAGGUGGUAAAGAAUUUGAAUCUUUAAUAGUAAAGGAUACAGAGAGUUACAGACCAGCUAAACCUACCCACAGGCUAUAUCUUGGAGAACCAUCAACAGUAUCGGAAAUCAUUGGUCAGGUGAAAGAUCCACAGGAAACUAUAAGAGAUGAAAUGGGCAAGAAUGCUUUAUUUGAAAAGCCCCAGAUCAAUGUGAUCCCAUUUGUUCCAUCCAAGGAAAUUCAAUCUGGAGGUGAUGUAGUAUCUCAACCAUUCACAGCAGCUGAAACUCUUGUUUGGGAUUGGCAAGCUGUUGCAGUGGUCUCAGCUGCUGCCUCAUGUCUUGUAUUUUUCACAGUAGUUGCAAUUUACUUUGUUAUUAAUGCAAGACAGUGGAAGAAGAUCAACAAAAAUUAUAACAAAGAAAUUGAAGAAAUGUCUACAAGAAUAGCCCUAAUGCAUCCUGCUAUGGAUUCUACAAAUUCUGAUUCUCAUACAACCAGCCUUUACUUAGAAAGCAUCGCUGUUCAAGGGAAAGAAGAUGAUCAAAAACAGAGAGAGCAAAUUAAAUGAAAAUAUGAAAUUUUUAAAUGAUUAAUUAAUUUUAAUACUGCCAUUAAAUGCUGUUUUAUUAGUUAUUUUUAUGAAAUGCGAUGUAUAAUAUUUCUUUAUUUCAAGAAGUGUGACUACUCGUUUCAUUGUGGAUUUGUAUAUAUAUGUAAAUUUAAUUGAAAAAAUAGACGUACGCUAUUUUUAAUUGUUUCCCUAUUUGUCAAUUUACAUUUUAACAGUGUAUUAUUAUGAAUUGAUAGAAUUUGUUUUGUAAGUAAUUAGUAUUUUAUUAAUUAUAAUUAAGAAUAUCA